ACUUUAAGGGUAGCUCUUUGGGAGAUGUUACAGUAUCGGGAGCAUAGCUCGCGCGCCGUUGCCUUUGGCCCAAGGCACGCGCGCCCUAUUUGCCCGGACACCGCGAGUGUUCGCUAUGUGCUGGAAAGAUCAUUACAUCGAUCUUAUCCUAUUUUACCCAUCCACCCCUCAUACUGUACCUUCACAGCAGAGCGAUGGAUGCAAUUUGCCAGGCUAUAUGCCAUAUUUGAGCUACCAGGCUUACUUUCGACUCCCGACUGCGAGGGGAAUCCAACGAUCCCGAUCCACCUCCAGGUGUUUUCUCAGAUCGACGCACACAGCCAGGCCCACCAGUUCCGGCUGGGUCGAAACUUCGGCGGCGGUGUUUUUGUAGCAGCAGAAGGUGAAAGUUCCAACAUCACUUGGUUGGAGAAGGACUUGGCCCGCGACCUCCCUGUGCUCCAGAUGGGGAGCGGCCAGAGUGGGAAUUGGUCGCUCACCGUGACCUCCGUCGGCGGGACUGCGAACGCAGAGAGUUACAGCUACAACCCUUUUGCGGUGAUGCAGCUCCCGUACGUCCUGGCGGACGGGGAGCUCACGAACAUGGCGGAGCCCACCGCGUGUUUACGUGACCCGUCCAGCGAGUACUGCUACACAGUCGCGCUCUCAAACUCUCCAGACCAACCCAUGGGGCUUCCGAGCUUCCAGUUCAAGGCGGAGCUCUCACCCGACAUGACCACGAUCUCACUCAGCGACCCAGACCCGAGCCUGUGCUACAUAUUCCCGACCGUCCUGAGCCGCGGAAACGAUGCUCGCAGCCAGGCGAGGGCAGAAAUCAUCGAGGAGGCGGCCGCAUUGGUGGUGUGAGGAGAUGUCGGUGGCGAACGGUAAGGUGGUGGGGACGCGAAACCCUCUCUCUCUCUGUCUCUCUGUCUCUCUCUCUCUCUCUCUCUCUCUCUCCCUCUCUCUGUGUGUCCAUGUUCAACACCGCCUUCGCCCCUCCUCCACCUUCGCCUGCGCAGCCGUAGGCAAUCCUAGACCCCGCCGAGGGCCCGCGCAUCGAUCGACACUGCUGGUCUCGCCGGCAGUUUCUCCGAUUUUACAUAUUGUGUAUAUAUACAGAUUCUGUCCUAGACCGACAGCGUGGCCGGCCUGUCCCGUGUCCGCCUGUCCUUUUGCUUAGCCUGCGCAGCCGCAGCCGUCACCGCCGUCUUCAGGCCCACUUUCGCGACGUGUCGCGUCGGCCCGACAGCUUUUCACGUGACGGCGCUUCGGGGCCAUCCCGGCGGACUGAGGCGCAGGGCGAGAGGGAACUGCAGCCGUCCCCUGCGAAGUUCAGCGCUCGAGGGUUGAUUUUCGGCGGCGGGAACUGCGGCCAUCCCGCGCGAGGCUUUGAGGGGUAAUUUUCGGAGUGGGGUAUCGCGCUUGUGUUGCGGCAGACCAGGCGAGAUAGCGACCGCGGAG